CUACACCUUCCUUUACAACAUUCUUUCCUGGCUCUUCUCCGGAUCACUCCAAAGCCAUCACAUUCAAUUCAACCAUGCGCCCUGCAUUCUCACUCCUCAACGGCCUUCGUGCCGCCCAAUCCUCUCUCCCUCGUACCAUCUCUCACUCGACUUCACGAUCUCUCUCACAAUUGACAUACCGCUCGACACGUCCCUCCCUCGCCUCGUUCUCUUCUCCCCUGGACAUUCAGAACCGAGCACGUCUCCCUACGUCUAUCCGCCAAAACUCAAACUCCGCCCCCACCAACAAACCCCUCACGGACCAGGAGUCCAGCGCGGCCCGCGACGCCGAGAACGAAGAACAGAACCGCAAGCGCCGCGAAGAGGAGCCUGCCUACCAACUCGUCUUUACCUGCAAGCCGUGCGGCGAGCGGUCGGCGCAUCGUGUCUCCAAGCACGGAUAUCACCGCGGCACGGUUCUGAUUCGGUGCCCGAAGUGCCACAACCGACAUGUCAUGAGCGACCAUUUGAAUAUUUUCUUUGAUAAGAAGACCACGAUAGAAGAUCUUUUGGCCGAGAAGGGCGCAAAGGUCACGAAGGGAUAUGUGGAUGGGGAUAUGGAGUUCUGGGACGAUGGUGUGGCGCAUAAGAGAUCCGGUUCUGGGGAGUCAUCUGCGUGAAUGAUUCAAAAUGGUUGACUUCUGUUGGUGUUAUGUCGAAGUUGGCGCUUUUUUGUUCGCAAGGUACAGAAAAGUGGUUGGCGUUUGAUUGAUGUUUUUUGUCCUAGAUACCUUGGCGAUAUUAUACACUACACACUCUGCUCCGUUAUGUACUAUAAACUACUAUCUUGAAGAAAAGAAGAGAGGGAGAGGAAACAAGAAGUGAACAUAAGAU